AUAAAAGUUAACUUUUAUCCAUAUUGUCGUGAUAAGAGUUGAAAGUUUUCUUUUAAAUUUGCAUUCUUUUUCUCUUUCAGAUUGUGGAAUGCGUUUCUUUGGCUGGAUCAGUUGACACCAGUGGAAUAGAAGGGUGUCAGUUUCAUUUGUAUGAAAACAAUGAUGUGUCAUGGAAGGUACCUGAUGGAUCAGAAAUCAUGCCAUUCUUUAACUCAGAUACUUAUGAGUUUGUUAAGAGAAUUAGGCCCACGAUAGGAAGGCAUGAAUGUGAUGUCAUAUCUCUGAAGUUCUUUGGGACCUGUGCAGAACACGUCAUAGAAUUCAAAGUGGAGACUUCUGAGGAUCUGAUGCUGCUAACGUGUGAACGAUGUUGUAUUCUUCAAUGUCAGAAGGUUAAAUCAGAAGAUGUGGAAUUAGACAGUUCUUAUUGCUUUAUGCCUGCCUUAGAGGAAGGAUUCUUCUCUGAUCUGGUGAUUAAAUCAAAGAGUGGCAGGGAGUUUAAGUUACAUUCUGUAAUUCUGAAUCUAACAGUCCCUCAACAUAACUGGAGGGCAUCUCCCCUUAAUGGCAUGGCUGACAAUAUAUUGACCACCAUUUUCCACUAUCUGUACAAUGAAUGUUUGCCUUCUGGAUUAUCGGAGGACACGGCAAAGGAUUGUAUCAAAGUUCUGGAGCACAUGCCAGAAUUUAACGCUUUCACGGCUCUCUGUCAAACAUUCUUACGGAAUACAGCUCUAAAACAUCAAAUAGUAAGUCUGAUUGAUGAUAUGCAUGCUUGUGCCAAUAGAAUCAUAGAUCUCUUCAAGUGUAAGAAGCCCCAUAGUAAAGGAGUGAUGCCAGAGGAUGCUUUGGUUGCAAAUCCCCAGAAGUUGUGUUAUGUUAUCAAACAGACAACCCGAGAAGGGGCUGUAGCAUGUUCUAAGCUGGUGAUUCUGUGUGACUUGUUUGCCAGAAGAAGCGGGGAACUACCUCAGGAAGAAAGACACGAUAUCAUUAAAUAUGCACAUUCCAGAUUACCCAUAUUUAUUAAGCAAGUACAGGAAUUUUUUGAAGUCUUUGAGUACCAGUUAAUGCUAAUGGGGCCAGAUCAAAAACAAGAUAUUGCAACUUAUAUAUUACCAGAGAUUGAAGAAUCCCUGACAACUCUAACCACUUUUGUGGAGGAAUUCCAAACUGCUCUUGAUAUUGCUAUAACAACAAACAUCUCAGAAAAAGAGAAAUCUGAGAAAAAAGAUAAACAGAAGAAAGAGCAUGUGAAGGAUGUACUCAGUAAAACACUGAAACAUGCUCUUCAUGUGCGAGAAUUGAAGAAGCUCAGAAAUAUGCAUGAAGCUGCAUCAGUCAAAUUAGAGAUGUUCCUCAAAAAAUUGCAUGUGUUCAGUAAGAAGACUGAGGCUGAGAAGAUUCCUCUAAUAGUGUACCUACUAGAUGCCCUAAAGAAUAGUGAGGCUCCUCUGUUUGUUGACCGCAUGCAGCACUUAGCUCUAGUUUUAGAGGAAAAAUACAAAUGGAAAGAAUGGAAGUAUAUGUUUAAACUGAGUUCCUCUAAAAUAGCAUGGGGUGUACACAAGCUACGCAGCUACAAGUCAACACUUUCCAGUAGUAUAGAACAGAUGGUAAAACUGGUCAACAAAGAAGAAUUCACAGCCACAGUGGCAGCUCUGGGGUUAUGGGACAAGGGAGAUAUGACCACAUCCACAGUAGACACCAAGUAUGCCAGGUUAAGUUCUGUAGAAUCUUUGUGCAUUCCUCCUCCAUCCAAAAAAUGUAUGCUAGCUCAGAAUGCGCUGGAGUUAUUCAGGAAGAAACAGAAUACGGACAUGGUCUUUGAAAUCAUUCUUGUUCGAGAUAUGGGAGACAUUGUGAUUGACCACACUCAUGGAGAUCCUAUUGAGAGACAGGAGGAUGACCAUGAUGUAGAAAUUCACCAGAUUCCUGCCCACUGUGUCAUCCUGGCAGCCCGCUGUAACUGGUUCUCACGGGCCUUACUCAGCGGGAUGAGGGAGUCCAUAGACAAAAAAAUAACCAUACAUGAUACAAACCCCGAGAUCUUCAGCAUGUUUAUUGAGUUUUUGUACAGUGGUGCUAUUCAGUCUGAGUCUUUGUCCACCGAUCAACUUACAGAGUUACUUACCUUGGCAGAUAGAUAUGAGGUGAACAACCUUGGUCAGGUGUGUGAGCAGAUCUUACUACACCAUGUAGAUGGUGACACGGCUUUGUACCUUCUCAGUAUUGCUGACCAGUUUCAGAAAAAAGUACUCAAGGACAAUGUUUUGAGUUACCUUGGAAACCAUCCAGAUAUGAAGAAUGGUGAAGUCUUUAGCCAACUGCCCCCACACCUCCGUACAGAAAUAGAGGACGUUAUAAAGGAGGAAGGUGAUGUUGUGGGGAGUGGUAGAGUUGACUCCAGCAGCUUAUCUAGUCAGGAGGAUGGGGAGAUAAUUGGUCAGGUGCAGGUGGCGAGCAGUAGGGUACAUAGGUAUUCAUCCUCUUCGUCGUCUUCCUCCUGUUUUGACGAGUACGGUGGAGUAGGCACGGAUCACGCCCGGCUAGCUGAGUGUAUCUCCGCCCUCCGUGCUGUGAUUGGAGAUGACGUACCAGAGGAUGACCUCAUUCAGUUCGCAUUAGCUGCUGAUUAUGAUGUCAGUCGAGCUAUAAAUUUCUAUUUCCAGUCAGCUUAAUGUUAAUAAACAAAUUCCAUUGGACAUUCCUUCAGGGUUUUGAGCAAAACCUCUAGGCUGAAAAUAUGCUUACCAAAAUGUAGUGAAAGUUUUUCCAUAGAAAUCCUUACAAAAUAUUUGAUCAGAAUUUGUUUAUUGCAAAAUGCAAGCAGAUAUUGCUAAUCAGCCAUAUUUGUAUUUUCCUUCUUAAUUAGACAAUGUAUUCCCCUAUUGCUCAUGACAAUGUAAAAAAUGUAGAAAAACAAAUGGUGAUCAAUCUCAAAAAAAUUUAAAUAUUACAAAUCUGUGACACAACUAUUGAUAUGGCUUUUACAUUUAAGAGAUGCAAUUGCUCAAAAAGAAAAAAAAAUGUUUGCAUUUUUAUGUGCCAUGAAAUAGUCAUUAUACAAAAUUUCUUUCAACAUGCAGACUUAUUUACUAUAUGUUAAAAUGAGAAAAAUAUAUAUCAAGGCAAAUUUUUGAAAGGUCAAGAUUAUUGAAUCAGAUAUAAGGCUUCUGUGGGGUCCUAUAUGACUUGGUUACUAUUCUUGUUAAUAUUUAUUGUGCGUCAUUUGAAAGUAAAUGCUGUAAACCAACUUUUUGGAAGCAUAUAUUUCAAUUGUUAGCUCACCAGAGCUGAAAGCUCAAGUCAGCUUUCCUGACUCUGAUUUUCUGAAUACAAGGGAGAUAAUCAAGAAAAGGGUGGAGUCAUAAUUUUCUGAAGAACCACUGGUCCAGAAAAGCUGAAACUUAUGUGGAAGCAUCCUGGGGUAGUAUAGAUUUUAUAUUGGUCAAAUUUUGACCCUCAGGGUUAGGGCAGGGCCACAACAGUGAAUCCAAGUUUUACAAUGAAAUAAGUUAGAAAAAUCUUUAAAAAUCUUCUCAGGAACCACUGAGUUAGAAAAGCUAAAACUUAUAUGGAAGCGUCUUGGGGUAGUGUAGAUUUCAUAUCAUCUGAAUCAUCACCCCAGGAGGUAGGGUGGGUCACAAUAGGUUUUACAAGGGGAAAUUUGGCGAAGAACAACAUGGCCAAAGAUACUUAGCUGAGCGAUGUGGCCCAUGCUCAGUUUAAAAUUGAAAUGUCUCUAUUUUUAGUUUAUGCAUAUGAGGAAGUAUGAUGCAUAGAUAUAUUUACACUUAAAAAUAUUUAAUGAUUUAUUGCUUUGAAUUUUUUGAGAAAGAAAGUUGCAAAACUUUCAGAUAUUUCUUGCAUUUGAAGAAAAGUUGGUUCACAUUAUAUGAAAAUAAUUGAUAAAAUGUCACUAAUAGAUGUGUAUUUUAUUUUACCAUUUUCUGCUUCGUCAUUUAAUGAUUUAUUAUUUAUUGCAUCAUCU